AUGAAGUAUAUUUGGAAUGGAUUUCGGAAGGUGGAUUCUCAAAUUCUAAAAUUGAGAUUAUGGGAAACCAAAGAAAAAAUCCUUAUGUCAUUAGGUGAUGCCAUUGGAAGAGAUAUUAAAGUGGAUGAAACAAGUCUAAAGAAGGAGGUAGGUUAUUAUGCUAGUGUUUUAGUGGAAGUGGACUUAGCAAAUACGAUACCUUACCAUGUUGAAGUUAAAUCUAAAUAUGGUGUUUUUGAACAGGAGAGUGCUGAUGAAUCAGUACAAAACCCAUUAGAGGGGGAGAUUCCUAAAGUGGUACCAAAGAAGAUUUGGAAGCUUAAAGAGAAGAAUCAACAGCAACCAGAUGGUUUUGAUAUUUGUUAUACUCCUAAAACAAAGAAGUCUAAGGAUGUUGAGAAUGAAGAUUUUUGCGAAGAUGAAGUAAUUACUGCUAUUUUGCCUCCCUUUGAGAAGGUAAUUGAGAGGACUAUUGAGUCUGUAAGUAAAAGUUCAGGUAAAUUUCAUGUGCUACAAGAAUUAGUGUCUGAAGAGCCAUCUCCUAUAAGUGUGAAGAAAUUACUGGAAGUUGCAUCUUGUAGUUCUUCUGUUAUUAAUGCUGUUACUAUUGAGAAUGAUAAAGUGCAGGGAGUUCAAGAAGUUGUGAAGAAAGUUAUUAAACCCAAGAAUAUCAUCUUAAUUACUACAAGAAAACAAAAUGCUACUAAUUUAGUGAAAGAAAAAAAAAAGGUGGAUAGAAGAGAAUUAUAUACUGAAUUGGAAUUAGUUAACAAUAUGGAUUUACCAUGGAUGCUAAUUGGUGAUUUUAAUACAAUUUUAAGUGCAGAUGAUAAGAUGGGUGGUAGGGCUCCCCUGAGGGUUGCAAUGCAAGAUUUUCAUGAAGCCAUGAAUGCAUGCAGUUUAAUACAAGCAUCUAGUUCAGGUCUGCAAUAUACUUGGUGUAACAAUAAAGCAAGUGGUAAAAGAAUUGUUUGUACCUUGGAUAAGGCUUUUUACAAUUUAAAGUGGAUUGAAAAGUACCCAGAUUGGAGUUAUAAAGUGGGAGUGAGAAGUGUAUCUGAUCAUAGUCCUUUAUUGGGCUCUUUUUUAAUGGUUUCUAAGCCAAACAAUGUGCCACUUAGGGUUUUAAAAAAACUGAAACUGAAAAUUAAGGUGUGGAAUUGGAGUGUAUUUGGGGAUGUUAGAGUUAAAUUAGCUGAAGUAGAAAGAGGGUUUUUAAAUGCUACUCUGCAAAAGUCAAGAGAGCAUUGGAUAAAGGAAGGAGCAGCAAAUACCAGGUUUUUUCAUACUUCUAUUAAGACUAGACAUACUGCAAAUGCUAUAACAAAGCUUGAAGAUGAGUCUGGGGUUAUUAUAACUGAUCAGUAUAUGGUUGCAUCCACUUUGGAGAAUUAUUUUAAGGACAAAUUUAAAUUUAAAGAGGUUAAUUUUAUUGAUGGUGUUUUUGAUGCAAUUCCUAAAGUAGUGUCUUCAGAAGACAACAAGAUGUUAGAGAAUAUCCUUUCAGCACAAGAGAUUAAAGAGGCGGUUUUUUCAAUGAAUGCAGAUAGUGCUCCUAGUCCAGAUGGAUUUUCAGGUUUUUUCUACAGAUAUGCUUGGGAGGUUAUAGGGGAAGGAGUAAUAAAUGCUAUCAGAUAUUGCUGGAAAAGAGAUUUCAUACCAAGAGGACUGAAUUCUAACUUCUUAUUUCUACUUCCAAAAGUUAAGGGUGCUAGAAGACCAAAUCAAUUCAGACCAAUAGGCCUUAGUAACUUCAGUUUCAAAAUUUUCACAAAAAUUAUGACUAAUAGGAUGUAUGGAUUGAUGGGGAAGGUUAUAUCAGAGCAACAAGGUGCCUUUCUAAAAGGCAGGUGCAUACAAGAGCAGAUAGUCUUGGCAUAUGAGAUGAUAAAUAAGAUUGAUACUAAGAGGAGAGGGGGGAAUGUGAGUAGAGGAUUGAGGCAAGGUGAUCCACUGUCACCAAUCUUUUUUGUCAUAGCUGAAGAUGCACUGAGUAGGAGCUUGAGUAAAAUGGUAGAGGAAAAUAAAAUAAUGCUAAUGGUAAACAUCAGAGGAGUGCACCCAACCCAUAUCUUAUUUGCUGAUGAUGUCUUUUUGUUCUUUAAUGGUCAUAAAAGAAAUAUUCAAAAGGUGAUGAAAUUGUUACAAGAUUAUCAGUCAUCCUCAGAUCAAGUAAUAAACCAAAUGAAGAGUAAACUGUUUGUGGGUGGUGUUAGUGAAGCAAGGAAACAACAAAUUACUGUUGAAUGUCAGAUAAAUCUUUUUCAGUUCCCAGAUAAAUAUUUGGGAGUAAUCUUACAUCAUGGAAGAUUGAAAACAAGCACUGUUUUGGGGGUGGCGGAAAUGCUACAGGGUAGGCUUGCAAGAUGGAUUGGUAAAAUGUUGUCUUUCAAAGAUAGAAUUACAUUAAUCAAAUCUAUAUUGAGUAGCAUUCCAAUCUACAAUAUGUCAAUAUAUAAGUGGCAUGUAAGUGUGGUGAAGAUUUGUGAAAGAUUGAUAAGGAACUUCUUAUGGACUGGAUACCCAUAUGAUAGAAAAUGUGUAACUCUUAAGUGGGAUGAUACUUGUGCACCACUGGAGGAGGGGGGACUUGGUAUAAGAAGGCUGAAAGUGAUCAAUAAAUCAUUGUUGAUGAAAAUGGUGUGGAAAAUUCAUACUUCUGAUGCAGAAUGGGCCAGGUUUAUGAGGGAAAAAUUUUGCACUGUAAAUGGAGAAUGGAUUUCAGGGUAUAAGAAGUCAUCAAUAUGGAAUGGUUUAAAAUGGGUUAUUGAUGAAGUAAGACAAAAUACAAGAUGGAUCACAUGCAAUGAUGACCAAAUCUCAGUAUGGAGGGAUGCUUGGAUCAAAGAAAAACCUCUUGUGGAACUUUACCCAAAUGAUGAAUAUAUUAUGCAAAAUGCUAGUAUGAAGGUGGUUGACCUAAUUGUAGAUGGUGAAUGGCUAGUUCCUCAAAGAAUGCUCUAUUAUUUUCAGGUAAAUGAACUCCCCAUUAUUUCAAGGCAAGAAGAUAAAAGAAUUUGGUUUGGCACUAUGUCUGGUGAGUUUACUAUAUCAUCAGCAGUGGAAUUGAUAAGAUUGCAUUACAAUAAGGUUGACUGGGCUAAGAAUGUAUGGAAUUCAGUUUUACAUCCUAUAAUUACUAGUAAUGUGUGGAAGCUGGUAAGGGAUAUAUGUGCAACUGAUGAGAAAAUGCAAGCCAGUUAA